CUUGUCCUCACAUCUUCUCACUUUGCACACACCCCCAGCAGGUGCUUUCACUUGAAGUUAAGUGUGCAGUUGUGCUUUAGGCUGUGACUUUCAGUUUUGGUGUUAUUAGGAUAAAGGCCUAAAGGCUGCAGGGGGCUCUGUGACACUUUUUUGGGGGGGGAAACAUUUUGAAGAGUGCCCACUGCCUGCUGCAACUCAGCCCUCAGGUAGUGCCCGGACGUCCCGUUGGAGCGAAGGUAACACAGGGCCACCCUUCAUCCUUCUACAGAGCCAAAGCUGCCCUGUAUCUGCGGUCAUCCAUUCAAGAAUUUGCGUCUGGUCAUCAGAGCAUCUCUGCCUCGGUACCAGUUAUGUCUAAUCCAGUGGGCAGUUUAUCAGAAGGCACAGUGUAUAGAUCCCCGAUUGGGAUGACAGAGGACUCCCUGGCUGUCCUGGAGCAAAACAGAGUCUCUGGAGAGCCCUGGGACAUCGGGGAGACCAAACCAUGCGUGGAGGGCCCAGAGCGUGGUGUCUAUCUGUCCUGUUUCGACAUGCUUCUCACAGAAGAAGCCACUUGGCUGGUGAAAGUUUCUGAAGCUUCUCCAGCUGUGGCUGUACCCAUGUACCGUAUGGAGCCUGAGGAAGAACCAGAGCAGUGCCCCGUCAUUGACAGCCAGGAACAGGGACUCUCUCCUGGGCUGGAGGGGCAGGAGGAGGAACGGUCCCUGGAGCAGGUGCAGAGCAUGGUGGUGGGAGAAGUGCUAAAGGACAUUGAAACAGCCUGCAAACUGCUCAACAUCACCCCAGACCCCAUAGAGUGGAACACAGCAAAUGUCCAGAAGUGGCUGCUGUGGACUGAACAUCUGUACAGGUUGCCCCACGCAGGAAAGGCCUUCAUGGAUCUGACAGGCAAGGAUCUGUGUGCCAUGAGUGAGGAGGAGUUUCGCCAGCGUUCACCGGAGUGUGGAGACACGCUGCAUGCACACCUGGACAUCUGGAAGUCAGCUGCCUGGAUGAAAGAGAGGUGUUCAGUUGGAGAUACAAAAACUACAGUUGGUCAGGAUCUUUGGUCUGAGGCAGAUUCCUCUUGUUCUGGUCAGCCCAUCCAUCUGUGGCAGUUCCUCAGAGAGCUGCUGCUGAAACCUCACAGCUACGGACGCUGCAUCCGCUGGCUCAACAAAGAGAAAGGUAUUUUUAAAAUCGAAGACUCUGCUCACGUGGCGAGACUAUGGGGACUCAGAAAGAACCGACCUGCCAUGAACUAUGACAAACUGAGCCGCUCCAUACGUCAGUACUACAAGAAGGGCAUCAUCCGCAAGCCUGACGUGUCCCAGAGACUGGUCUACCAGUUUGUUCACCCAGUGUGAAUCACAGGAGGAGGAGGAGGAGGAGGAGGAGGAGAUAGAAACCAUAGGACAAACUGUCUCACAAUGCACUUGAACUCCUAUGCACGACAUGAAAAGAACACUGACCAACCUGAUGGUACACACUUUCUCUGCCAACAACGAAGCAACUGAAUGAAGGUUUAUCUGUGAGUGGGCUUGAGAGGAAGAGACAAAACAAUGUGGCUGUUCUUUAAUGAAACCGCAGCAGGUUAAAAAUAUAAAAAUAAAUAAACCUGCCUUGUCAUUUUCUGCAUGUUCUGCCUGUUUUUUUUUUCUUUUUUCCUUAAUGUCAUUUUAAUUACCCUUUUAAAUUCUCACAGCAAACAGUUAGAUCUGAUGCUCUUCAUCCAUGCUUCAGGAAAACGCCCACUGCUACAUUUACUUUGUCUUUUUGUUUCGCUCAUCUUGACCACUGUCUCUGUUUGAAUUAGAGCCUGUUUUUUCUGACACAGUUGGAAACGGUGGUUAGGAUUGUGUUGCUUGUUUUGGAUUUGGUCCUGGCUGUUGUACUAACAAUCUGUCAGUCAUCUCCCGAAACCCAUCGACUAUCUUUGUAUAAUCUCAAAUGUACAGAGAGACACUUUAGAAGGAAACCUGUUUCUAAACGAACAUGUGUCAUGUCGUGACUGUGCCAUGUAAUUAUUUUUCUAAGGUGUAACUUGAGGCAAGGAUCCAUUUCCUAAACAGGGUUUCACUGCUGAAGAGUCCUGCUUUAUGUUGUAUUCUGUAAACUUUUGCCUGUGCUGCCCUAUAAGGCAUGUUAUGUUUUAGGGGUAAAAGUCCAAAGUAGGUAUGGAGUCCCAAAGUGUUCAAAAUAAAAUAAACAGAUGUGAAAUAAAAAAAUCAUAUAAAUAAAUACAGACAAAUGAUAUGAGGUACGCUUGUUAAAUAUUUCAACAAUGUGUGUAGAUCUAUGGUUAGACGGUUCACCGGUGUUGUUCAAAUUCAAUAUUUCUUGAAAGAAAAUGAUAUGGAUUACAUAUAUUUUUGAUUAUCCCUUUAUUUGAUUCAUUGAGAACCAUCACCAGGUUAACAUGUAAUUUGUACAAUGGUUAGGAUUACUUAUAACUACAACACUAAUCUUUCUUGAUUGUGAGUUGUUGUUUUUUUAUUCUUGUGCUAAUUAGCAUUUUCCUAAGCAAUUUAACAACAUCAUCAUGUCCCACUGAGAGUUUACUCAAUAGAUAUUUCAUUAAUUGAUUGCCAAUUGGAAAAAACAAACACAUUUUCUUGAAUAAUGAACACAUGCUAAAAAAUCUUUUUGGACAUAAACAACUGCUGGAGUGGAAAAAAACAUAUCUGCAUCAAAGUUAAUCAAUAAAUGUCAUUUUGAGUAGACUUUACAUUUUUUUUAGGAUUUUAUCACAAUUUGAUGGUCAGUUAUUUUAUCUGGAUUUAUUCAUAUAAGCAUUUUUUCAUUAUUUAAUUUGAUUACAUUUUAAAGUUAUGGCUCUCCUUAGAUACUGCUUACAUGUAUUACUGAUAAAAAUGUAAUCCACAAAAUGCCUAAAUGUCUGCCUGAACAAGAAUAGGUUAUCCGUUUUUCAAACAAGACUUAAUAAACUCUAUUUUUGAACUAAA